AUGUCCGCUGCGACACAAGCAAUCAACUCAACGCUAUCCCUCGCCGAGCGACGCGCCGCCAUCAACGCAUCUAUCGCAUGGCACUACUCCCAAAUCGCAGACCUGAAAGCCCAAGUGAACGAUCUGAACCCGGUCAACAAGCUGCACGAUGACGUCCUGAGGAGGAUCUUCCACGAGGUAGCGUUCAUGGACGGAGAACCCGCACGUCUCUCGUGGGCCCAGGCGAUGUAUGUGUGUCGGCGGUGGCACCGGCUCUUGCUCGUCGACCAAGUCCUAUGGGGCCACAUCCGCCUCGACGUGAGCUCGUACAGGCCCCGUCGCGAUCGAUUGAAGAACCAGCUGAGGCUCUCGGGUGGGGCGCCGCUGUUCUUACACGUCCAGUCGUUCUCGGAGGAGCGGCUGGCCUGGGUGAGCGAGCUGCUCUCAGAGCAUGCAGGGAGAUUGCGGGAACUGGUGCUCAGGGUGCCCCUGUCGAACUCGUUGGAAGUCCUCGGGGCGCUGCGGGCGGAUGCGCUGCUGCUGAUGCGCAGGUUGCAUGUGGACGCAUUGAAAUCCAUCGCCGACGAGGCCACUACGAAGGUGGUGAUACCCACAGCGUUUUUCGAUGGGCGGGUGCCGGCGCUUACAGAUCUCAAUUUGCGCAAAAUAGAUGUCGACUGGUCGUCUCUCCGCGGACUCACUCACCUCCACCUGUCCGAUCUCACAGACCAACCUUUCUCCACGCUGUUGUCGGUGCUGGUCGCUUGCCCAGCCAUGGUCACUCUCCACCUCGACGUUCGCUUCAUUGACGGCGCCGGAGAUCAGCCCCUCGUCCAUCUCCCGUAUCUCGAAUCUAUGUGGCUGCGCGAGCAUGUGUCCACCUGUGCUCGAGUCCUACGGAACAUCACCAUUCCGGCUACUACUCGUCUCCAGUUUCUCUCCGGUGGAAUAUCAGGCGGAACUGACGCGUCGGACCUGCUCACUGAGAUUCGGCGCCACACUCGCAGCUCGUCCGCUUCCCCACUGCAGACACUGAAGAUCCAAUCCAUGGGGGAUCCGCGCGAGUAUCUCAUGAUGACGCUCUACACACAAACCGAGCUCCCCGAACUCUUUGGCAACGAACACAGCCAAAUCUCGAUCAACUCUCACCCAUCUAGCGAAUCGGCGGCGCGACAAAUCGUCAAACACUUCUUGAAAGCGGUCCCGACCGGAAACAUCCUGUCGCUUGAUGGGCGGAUGGGCCCGUCGAUUCAGCCCAAGACGUGGGUCACCAUCAUCAAAGAGCUUCCCAAUCUGCAGUCCAUCUCGGUGUUUGCUGAUGCCACGACGACGCACCUCUGUGCCGCAAUCCGGUUGCUCAGUGCCUCGGGUGGCACCGGCCGGGUCCCCAGCACGUUACGUCGGAUCCAGAUCUCGAUUCAGUGCAACUCGGAGAGGGAACGGCAGAAUGCCGAGAUACGCGCGGCCGUCGAGUCGCUCAAGGCCAUGCUGGCAGAACUAUACGCGCGCGGCUGUCCGCUGCGUGAGCUGCAACUCGACCAAUUGCGCGGCGUAUUCUUCCCGUUAUCCCGUGCCGAAUGGGAGGAGCUGUGCGGGAUGGUGGGGACGUUGAUCCGGGACGGUCAACCCUGGGAUGCGCUUGCGGAGAAGCGGAAGCUCGCGAGGCUCGUCGCGGAGCGGGAGAAGUUCAUGGCAGAACUGGACCGGGAAAUUGCUGCUGGGGACUUUGAAGAUGACAGCCCGUGAUCGAGAGAGAGCGUUCAAGUGCGAGACGCCUUGCAAUUGGGAUCAAAGGGUAAUGAGGGACGCAGAGAUCGGUCCACUUUCACACACAUUGUAGGCUACCGGAGAGCAUUUGACAUCGCUGGAAAUGGGAAAGACCUACCACGCCGAAAUGCCUGAGCAAUAUCUGAGUUCCACGGUGAUGAUCGCGUCCUUUCUUUGGAGGAGAUUUUGUGCGGAUGAUAUGAUGGUAUAACAUCUGAGAAAUGUGCAGACAGCUCGCGAGUAGCUGUGAGAGGCAGAUCAAGAUAUCUCCCAAAGACAAUUCCCCAUCCUGACCCUAACCUUUCCGAGGCGCGUCAGUUGGUGUCGCUGCUACGCACAACUCGAUCUUCACUGUGUGGUCACAAUCCUCUCUUCGAUGCUGUGAGGUGCUCGGAAGCCAUCAAUGAAACCAACGUUAUCUUACCUGCCGGAAGACAUCAUAUGUCUUAUUGCACACAUCUUCAUCAGCAGUGAGCCCGCGCGCGGAUGGAAGGUAUGGGGCGAAGAACAGAACGCAUAUCGCUCGCUGUUUCCGCUUUCCGAGACCUGCAAGCGACUGCGCGAAAACCUCAAGCCGCUCCUGUUCAGAAUAAUCCACAACUGGAACGUAGAUGGGAAGACGGUAUGGCCGAGAGCCAUCUGGCCGCAUGCGGUAGAGGUGAACCUCCGAGACCAUGUUGUGCGGGACCUCAGAGUCCUACAACUCACUGGCGAGGUCUACGCCGCGCUCUCCCACAUGCCUCUGUUGACGACAGUGAUUCUACGGUACAAUGCGUCAGUGCCCUCGGACGCGCUGCGAUGCGUCGGUGCUCUCUCAUGUCUGACCUCCCUUGAGAUUCACCAAGCACGUCUCGACGGACCUGUCCCCUCGUCUCUCGACUUCCCGUCGCUGCAGAGGCUGCUCGUGUCCGUAUCCGGGUUCCGAGGGAUCGUGCGAGCAAGCGACAUCGACCGCGUAGCUGAGCGAGCGCACGUUGGGAGCUUGCUGCGCUGUGUUUCAGCCAGAUUGUGUUUCCUCCACGUCUCGGGCGACCUGCUGCCCGACGACUUUGACGACAUUCGAUGGCCACGCCUGCAGACUCUGAUCAUUUCUGAGCACACCCCCGCCACGUACUUGCCGGUGCCGGCGUUGAUAGCCCAGAUGCCGCAGCUUCAGAAGCUGGAGCUUCUGUAUGCCGCGGACAUGGCCCGCACCUCGGACGAGCUCCACCCGCCGUUCAUAUACGGUGAUCCUGUCGACAAGACGUUGACUUCCGCCUUGCCUUUCCUGACCUCCCUUUCGUUGUCGAAUCUCGCUGCGGACGACCCCAUCUUCUCCCAGCUUCCCUUGUCACUUACUGGUCUUCAUGUCCACGCGCGGAGAGAUCCAUACUACGGCGAACCGCGCGACUUUUGGGAUCGAGGCGAGACCGCACUCUCUAAUGCUGAGGCCAUGGCGAUUAUCGAUCGAGUGUUACACUUUUCAGAUCUUGAGGAGCUCACCAUCGUGUUGCGCGAAUUCCCGACAGCGCGACUGCUCGAAGUCAUUGCUACACACUUUCCACAGCUAUCCUUUCUGGAGGCUUCUCAUGCGACGUACCGGCUCCCCAGGGAUGGGCGACACCAAGAACUGUGGGAUGCAAAAGAUCCUGCUAAGCUUGCGGCGUUGGGUCGUUUGAAGCAUCUCCGUACUCUCAAGUUGUCACUUGACCUUCUUCGCAAUCACUUUGAAGAUGAAGUUCGUUACCGUCCCCUCGUCAAAUGGAUCUUUACUGGGAUUCCGUGGCUCAAAGAGUUGCAACUGACGCAAAUUUACUACGGUGCUUGGUUACCCUGGCAUAACCCCGACACCAAUUACUGGCACAAGUAUGACCAUGAAUACGUGGCCCGUUCUUCAUUUCGAAUGCCACCACCACGUAUUAUCUCUGUUCCGCGAAUCCUGAGAUGAUCUCGGUCGAGGUCUGCCUUGAUCGCAUGUGUACAUUUAGCCACAUUCUUAGUCACAAGUAUCUAUCAUAACUCGAGUCGGCAUUCUAUCAUUCAUUGUGAACGAUGAGGUGGCGUUGAUCCGAGACGGUCGACCCUGGGAUGCGCUUGCGGAGAAGAGGAAGCUCGGACGGCUCGUCGCGGAGCGGCAGAAGUUGAUGGCAGAGCUGGACCGGGAAAUUGCUGCUGGGGGCUUUGAAGAUGACAGUCCGUGAUCGAGAGAGAGAGAGCGUUCGAGUGCGAGGUGCUCUGACAUUCCAGUUUCACAGGGAUCAGCGGCGGCUAGGCUUUGGGAGCCUUGUAUUUCGAUCACUGUCUGCUACCUACCCUAACGGCCGCUCCAAGUCAAACAGUUUCUCCAAGUUGGUUCGCCAAGUUGCGGUUACAGAUGAAAAUCGCUUCGAGCAUGAAUGCAUCUGAUGUACUACUGUACCGAGCUGCGCG